UUAAGUAUUCACAUUGCUCUUUGUGGUGAUAAACAGUUGUACGCCGAUUGCGGGAGCUACUCGUAUUUAUCAGCCAGUAACAUUGGCAGGGCCUCGGUCUGGAUUGACGAUUGGUUUCUAAGUAGCUGGCAUAAGACAGGACCAUUAAGGGUACAAAUAAACUAAAUAUAGACAUUGAGUUGUGUUUAUCCUCCAUUCCUCUACUAGGCUAGAUAUAUUCUCCUGCAGAACUUAAUACUUCAUGACGUCUACAGGAGCGGAAUUCCACUUUGAUCCACCAUUGACUGUAGCAAAGUAGCUUAUUUCUCUUCUUCUCCCAAAGCAUUCUUGAGCUACACAGUAGUAAGUUAACAUCCAGCAGUCGCGAGGGCCGAGGGAGAUCCAAGGGUUAAAGAUACCAUUGAUAAGUGGAGCUCGUUUCUUGCAAUUUGGCUGCGGCUGUUAAACGGGUGUGUUUCCUCCAACCAGUUUGUGUGGGAAGGCGGCUGGUCCUCCUCGACCUCGGCGCUUCUGUGAGCGCUUCGCCAGCCUGAAGAAGACCGGGGCUCCUUCAGACGUCUGCAGUCCCGCUCUGAGGCGCAUCUCCUCUGCACAGAUGCAUCUGCGCCUUCUGACCAUUUUAACCUUGGUUUGGGAGGCUAUCACCAUGAGUGCAAGACGACCCAGAGACGAACAGGAGCACUGCCGGAGCUGCAUGGAGUGUUCCCAUGACAACGGCUGUGUGCGUUGCCCCGAGCGCCUCUUCCUGUUUCUGAGGAGAGACGGGAUGUCCCACCAUGGCUCCUGUGUGCAUGCCUGCCCUCCUGGACACUACGGCCAGAGAGGACAGGACAUCAGCCGCUGUCUCAAAUGCCGUUCUGCUGACUGUGAGAGCUGCUUCAGCAGAGACUUCUGCAUGAGAUGUAGGCCUGGCCUUCGCCUGUUCAGAGGCCAGUGCUCCAGCAGCUGUCCGGCUGGCACCCUACCCACACUCACAGACUGUGUCGAGGGCUGUCUUGGGGUCCCGGAGGGGCCCUGGGGGGGAUGGAGCACCUGUCUCCGGGAAGGCCACAGCUGUGGCUUCAGGUGGGGCCGCCAGAGUCGGACCCGGGGGCUGUCUUUGAGCCAGCCUGAGCAGAAAGCAGCACUCUGUCUCCCUGAGAGCGAAACCAGGAGGUGCAGGAUGAAGAAGCGAUGUCCUACAGAAAGAAGAAAGAAGGAGAGAGGAGGAGGGAGGAAGACAGGGAGGAAACAGAUGCAGCAGCUUCUGAAUGAGACUGGAACGGAGCCACCAGGGGGACCCUAAUAAAAGACGCACCCAUUGACAUCGCGUGGCGUGACAAGAGUCGCUGAGGGGAUCACGAUAAGUGCGGCACACAUUAGCAUAGCAUGGAGACACCUGGAUAUGCUAUCGAAUGCUGAGUCAUGUUCAGUGACAACUUCAUUGGAACCAUACGACCGAAUCCCAUAUUUAUUCCAUACAUAUCACAGAACCCUUGCUGUGGCAGGCUGGGCCCCUCUCCUCCCCAGCAAGGCACCAUAUUUACCAUCCAACUCGAAGAGUGAUCAGAGAAAGUCGUUUAAACCUUGCAAGACAGCGCACCUCCGUCGAGAGGAACAAAUUGUAUUCCUGCACUGGAGCGUCAGCCAGUGUAUUGUUGAUGUCUCUCUGUCUUAUCUUCUGUCUGUUCAUAGCCAGCCCGUCGUGACACGUGACCUUCCUUCCUCACUCCUGGAGUAAAUCACGGAUCUGACGUGAAUGGAUGGGUAGCAGCUGUUCAGAAGUGAACAGGAUGUUUACCUAUCCAGCCAUGUUAAGAUCAGGGAUUUCCUGGUGGAGAGAGGAAGGUGAAACCCAGACAUGACCCCAGCUCAGUCCUGUCUGAGAUCUGCUCAGUGCAGAUGGAACCUUCUUGCCAGCUCUGUUGCCAAGGCAACACAGUAGCAGGACCUUCCUGGUGGUCCUACUGUACAUGCUGUCAUGCAACACAGGAAGUAAAUUUAACAGAAAAUGGUUCUGGACUUCUAAGAUCUUACAGGAAUAUCUUCCAGAAUGUUCUACUAUGGUUACAAAUAUUUGUAUAAACUGUUACUCAACCUUUUGUUUUUAGAGUGUUUAAAAGGUUCCUUUGGGUUCCUCUGCUUGAAUGGAUUGCUGACGAAAAUGCAACUUAACACCCAACGCUUCACUUGGCUUGACACAAGCUCAGACAUGUUUGAGGAAGAAGUUUGUUAAAAAGACGUCUUUGACUUGUAAAAUAGACAGAUAUGGGAACUUUUUGUUCAUUGUUUAUAAGAUGAUAUGGAGUCAAUGUAUUAAUAUUACUCUUCCCACCAAUCUCUGCUUGCAGAUAAUAUUGAAAAGAUAUUUAUUUACAUUUUUGAAUUUCUUUUCCAAAGAACAAACUGUUAAAUGGACCUCAUGUUAGUGUUGUCUUCCAUUAUCAGUUGUUAUAAUAAAGCUGGUGUUUUUUUGUU